GCAGCUCCGUGGACAUGUGGCCCGUAAUCAUCCUAGCCCUCCACCUCUGCCUGUGUGCGGGGUAUGAAGGUUCGGGACAGUACCCUUAUGGAGAUGACGAAGAUUUCUAUUCACGCAGAUAUAAAGGGACGCCGUGGUGUGCCCCGAUCAAGGUGAAACAUGGCGAUGUGCGCUGCCGGACCCCUCGAGGAGAACAUUACAAGAAUGUGAUGGGCACUCGCUGUAAGAUCCACUGUAAGAGAGGAUACGAGGUGAUGAGCCCAGAGGUGGUCUGCAUGGCCGACAAACACUGGUCUGCAAACUACGCCUGCAGUGAGGUCCGAUGUCCAAAGCUGGAGAUGCCUGCCAAUGGUGGCUACAAAUGUUCAGGAGGCUCUUACUUCAACUCUCGCUGUGAGUUUUUCUGUGCCCCUGGAUUCACCCUGAAGGGACAGAAGAUAACGACCUGUCAGCACACCAAGAUGUGGAGCUCUGGGGCGCCUACAUGUGUGGAUAUUGAUGCUCCAAAAAUCAAAUGCCCCACCAUAAAGGACAAGUGGGCAGAACCUGGAAAGCUGACGGCGCGGGUGUCCUGGGACACACCGGAGGGCAUGGACACUGCAGAUGGCGUCUUGACAGAUGUGGAGUUAAAGGGAAGGCCUCCAAAGUCAGACUUCCCAGAAGGACUCCACAAAAUGUCCUACACUGUGUUUGAUCGAGCAGGGAACAAAGGCACCUGUCGCUUCACUGUCAGAGUGAGAGUUCGCCGGUGCAGUCCACUGUUUCCUCCAGACAACGGAUACAUGAAAUGUGACAGUGACAAGGACAACUAUGGAGCCAGCUGUGAAUUCAAAUGUAUGGGGGGGUUUGAUCUUCAUGGCAGCGUGGCCCGGGUCUGUCAGUAUGGGCUGACCUGGUCUGGCUCUGAUACCACCUGCACACCCAUGAACAUAAAUGUGGGCGUGCGCUCGGCGGCAGCUCUCCUGGACCAGUUUUAUGAAAAGAGGCGUCUGCUCAUUGUCUCAGCCCCGACAGCGGCCAAUCAUAACUAUCGCUUCCAGAUGACUAACCUACAGCCUGCACAGUGUGGUCUGGACCUGAGGCAUGUGACUGUGAUUGAAAUCGUGGGCACUUAUCCUGCUCAGAUCGGCCGAAUCCGACACAGAUUGCUGACUCCAGGACUGGCCCUCCAGCUCAGGCUCCUGCUGCGUAUACCCCAGCGCUCGUUCCAAAUGGUCCUCAUAGAUAAACAGGGCAUGGAUAAGCAGCGGUACCCUUUCCCCAUCACGGCGGCGGAGCUGUUCACCACCAUUGACACCUUCCCACUGCGCAAAGAUGAGAUAGUGCUUCAACAGGAGGCGGGACAAAGCUGCCAGUCGUAAUAGCGCCCCCUGUGUGUCAGAGCACUUUUUUAGGACUCACGAUUGCUGUCACCCGAAGCAGCGUCAUCCUCUCCCUCCUCGUCAUUUCACACACUCCUACCUGACCUGCUCUCGCCGUUCAGUGAUUUCAAAGGUUGCCAUGUCCGUCACGGAGCAGGUCACCAAAUGGACUGAGUCAUACAAUGCUACACGAUCAUAUUGAUUACUGUGUUUUCUUGUCAAAGCAGAGCUAUGUUUUAAGUGUUUUGUACAAAAUUAUUUUACUGUAUAGACAAAAAACAUUUCACUUUUUAUAUUUAUGUCUCACGUCUGUUAAAA